AUGACCGGAGCGAUGAAUCUCAUUCAUGCCAUCUUGUGGCUGCCUCUCAUUUAUGCCCAGUCCGGUGCUGUCCACACUGUCGAUGUAGGGGAGCAUGGUUUCACAUUCGAUCCCGAUACUCUUUCAGUCUCUCCCGGAGACAAGGUCGAGUUCCACUUCUACCCGGGCGACCAUUCAGUGGCUCAGGCUGCCUUUUCAAAACCGUGCCACCCGCUUAACCAGUCAAGUUUUUUCAGCGGGUUCAUUCCAGCCACAAACGGAGAAUCUUCUGAGGUCUUCACAUUGACUGUUAACGAUACCAGCCCUAUCUGGUACUACUGUGGCCAGGUUGGACAUUGCCAGGCUGGUAUGGUCGGGGUCAUCAAUCCUCCUCGCAAUGGCCCAAAUACUCUUGAUGCAUUCAAGUCAGCAGCAAGGAAUGCAGGAGAUAGUACGGUACCUAGCGCGGUUGGCGGUGGCACAUUAGGAAAACCGAGCACUGCGUCCACGAUGAGCAGCGGGACCUCGCAAACGUCAACGUCCACUAGCUCCUCUACUAGCACCAGUGCUACAACAAGCUCGACUUCGACUUCGACUGCCACUUCUACUUCGAGUCCAAGCCCCUCCCCGACAAGUGAGGGAUCAAGAUUCCGCCUUUGGCCGUCUCUUAGUAUCGUCAUGCUCCUGUCUGUUCUUGUAGCUAUGCUUAUGUCCUAG